CGACAAGAUACAAUGGGUUGGUUCAACCAACGCAUAUGAUCGAGCUAAUUUACAGCAUUUUAAUUUGUUUUUAUUAAUAAGUCAGUUUUUUUGGUCUAAUUUAACUCAUAAGCGGAACAAUGUCUACUGUAAUAGGAUCCAAAGAGGAGACUGAUGUUUCGCCAAACCAAGAUACCAAUGAAACUCGGUCUGUGUUAACUUCAAGUGAUAGUGGAUAUAUUUCCAAUAAAAAUUAUCUCAAAAUUGUCAAAGCUAUCUACCCAUUCAAAGGUGCCAAUAAUGACGAAUUAUGCUUCCAAAAGGACGAUUUAAUUAUUUUAACACAAACACCUGAAGGUGGUUGGUAUGAAGGAACUCACUUAGCCAAAAGGAUCACCGGUUGGUUUCCUGCUGGUUAUGUUACACCUCUUCAUCCAGACCAUGCACAUUCUCUUCUUGAUCAACAAUUUAUUGAUACUUUUAAUAAAGAUCACAAUCUUCAAUCUAAUCGAACCUCUGUUUUUAGUGAUUUGAUCGAGACGGAAAAAAAUUAUGUCGCCGAACUACAAAAUGUCCUGCAAACAUACCUUUUGCCUUUACAAAAGUCACAAAUCUUAUCCAAAGAGGAAACUGAGUUGACUGUUGAAUGCUAUAAAACAGUUAUUGAGACUCAUAGUAAAUUUUGUGAGGCUCUUGAAGCGGUCCGAGAGGAAAAUAAAGACUUGAGGAUUGGUGGGUGCUUUAUGAGCCAUGCAACAGCCAUCAAAGAAGUUCACUUCAACUAUUGCUCAAUCCAUCCUAAAUUCGUGCAUCUUAUUGAAUUACAAACAGAAAAAGUUUGUAACUUACUGAAAGAAACUUUGGGCAAUCAACCAAAUACUACUAAUUAUUUAAUUCUAAUCACCAGCGGAUUAAGUUUAACAUUCAGACACCUUGACAAAUAUCCAUCCUAUCUACAAGAAUUGCAAAGAUACACUAAUGAUGCUCAUCCUGAUCGUGGGGAUAUACAAAGAGCUAGUUUCAUAUUCAGAGAGCUAGUCACAUCUUGUUUGCAACUUCGUCGCCAAAAAGAAAUGGAAUUGGAAGUAAUGUUAGGCAACGUUCGUAAUUGGCCAACAUCCACUGAUCCUAUUGAAAGUUUAGGUUCUGUCUGUCAUAUGGGUCCAGUAACUGUACUACAGUCACCUCAAUCUUCAGAGACAGUUAAAAAAGAUCGAUACCUUGUAUUGUUUCCUGCCUGUUUGGUGAUUCUCUCAGUUAGUGAUGAAAUGACUUCUUUUGUUUAUGAGGAUAAGUUAUUGCUAAUGAAUGUAACUUUACCUCGUUUACCUGAUAUUCAAAGCACUAAAACUACAUUUCAUUUGCUGGUUGCCGAUCCUAAUUCUGAGGAUACCGGUAAAUAUGUAUUGUCCUGCGUUAAUCCUGAAGAUAUUAGAAAGUGGAUCAGUAUGAUGCAUAAAUGUAAAAGUAAACUUGAAAGCAAAGGCUUAGAAACACCGUUGAAAGAAAUUCGAGCUAGUCCAAUCCAUCAUGCUAUUGCAUCUGAAAGUCCAAUGACUCCUGUUCAUAUGGAAAACAAUCGAAGCAAGUAUUGGGCUUGGAAAAGUCUUUUACCUCACCCACCUAUACGUAUUUCGGGUUCUAGCAGUGAUUUCGAUGGUUCAAGUACUUUGAGUCGAGAUGCGUUAAGCAAAAUAAAUUUGGAAGGAGAUGUUAGUCAAGCCAAUGAUAUGGCAAUUCUCCAAGUCAUCGAAGCUUACUGUCAAAGUAAUCGAGCAAAAAUGGCCAAUGCAACUCCACUUCAACCGAUCCGAGAUAUUGAUAAGCAUAUUUUUGGUAAAAUGGGUGAUCAGUCUAUUGCCGAAGAUAAACAAUCGAUAAAUUUGUCAACCAUCGUGGAUGACGUUAAAGGUCUGAAACUCCAAUUAGAAUCUCUGAAUAGUUGGUUCAAAAAAGAACGCCAGUCAAGAAAAAGAUUAGCUGCCAAAGUAGAUUCUCUCGCAUCUAUGAUUUACAAGUAAUUUAAAGUUUUCAUCGAAACAAUUUUUUUAAAUUAAUCUAAUCAACUUCAGACUAUUUUGAACACGAAUUUGUGACUAGAAUGGUUUCAUUCAAAAGGAGACAAGAUGAAGAGUUAAUGGUAAAAUUUAUAAUAAAUUAUUAAUUCGAUCAUAA